AUGGGUAUCUCAUCUAGUACUGAACAAAAAAGUUCAGCUGGUGGUAGUACAGGAGUUGGUGGCAGUAUUACAGAUCAACAACAACAAAGAUUUAUUCAACAACAACUUCAACAACAUCAACAACAAAGGCAACAACAAUUACAACAACAACAACAACAAUUACAGCAAAAUCAACAAUUACAACAACAAAGAAACAAGCAAUUGCAACAACAACAACAGUUACAACAACAACAACAACAACAAUAUAAAUCACAACCAAUCCCUCAACAAAAAAUCCCAACACCAACUAAACAAUCAUAUGGUCAAACUAUUAUACAAUCACCAAAAUAUUCAUCAAGUGGUAAAACACCAGGAGGUUUAGAGUUUAAUGUUUUAAUGUCUCCACCAUCAUCUCCAUUAGUUGGACCAAUGGGUACACCACAAAGUCCAAUCGAAAAUCAAGUUGUACCAACAGUUUUUACAUGGUCAGGCGGUGGAAAGGAUGUUUAUGUAUCUGGCUCAUUUAAUAAUUGGAAAGAAAAGAUACCAUUGAACAAGAGUGAAAAAGAUUUUACAUUAAUCUAUAAUUUAACACCAGGUGUUCAUCAAUACAAAUAUAUUGUAGAUGGUAAAUGGAUUCAUUCAACAGAACAACCAGUAGCUGCAGAUAUUAAAGGUAAUUUAUUAAACUUUAUUGAGGUUAAAACCAAAGAUCCAGCAAAUGAUUUAAACACAUUAAAAUUAUCAACAACACCCCCAGGAUCAUAUAGUAGAACUAUUCCAGAGGAGGAGGUACAGAAAAUUCCACCACCAUCAUUACCACCACAUUUAAGAAGAGCUCUUUUAAAUACCCAACCAUCAACUGAAGAUCCAACACUUUUACCUUUACCACACCAUGUUAUGCUUUUACAUUUAUAUAGUUUACCACGUGUUUUCGGUGUAAUGAUUUUAGGCGUUACACAUCGUUAUAAAACCAAAUUUGUAACAACUGUAUUAUAUAAACCAAACAAUGCAACUUCUUCUGAUGAUUUAGAGGAUUAA